UAUCUAAAAAUAUUUAAUGUUCUAAGGACCUUGAAUCGUCUUAAUGACAAACUUGAAAUUAUAUUGUUGAUACCAGAUAUCUAACCUAACAUACUUUGAAAAAGCGUAAUAGGCUUGUUUUUGUAUAGUGUAUGGUAUUUAUUGCCACAGUGAUCGUUGUUACGGCUUGUUUAUUUACAGUAUGAAGAAAUUGUACUGAAUUUGAAGGAGAAAUAUCUAAAAAGAGAAUAGAAUUUUCUUCUAUUAGUAAAACUUUACGAGAGUGCAAUAAAUAUACGACUUCAAGUAAAAAAUUAACGAUGUCUACAUUUAAGCCAAGUGAUUCUAAAAAAGAGGAAUUCCGUAAAUAUUUAGAAAGAGCAGGCGUUAUGGAUGCCCUUACUAAAGUACUUGUUUCGCUAUAUGAGGAAACAGAAAAACCAAAUGAUGCUUUAGAAUAUAUACGUAAGAAUCUUGGAGACAUAACCGAGAAUGGUCUAGAAAUUGACACAUUAAAGAAGGAAUUAGACGAUGCUAGAGCAAAGAUUAAUGAAUUAAGAGAAAAACUAGUUAAAUAUGAAGUAGACGAAACAAAUGAUUAAAUGCAGACUUUCUUACAUUAACUUUUUUAUUAAUAAAAUAAUGAUAGAAACUGGACCUUAACUGAGCAUUGACAGAGUUACAUUAAUUAUAUCUUUAUAUGUGUAUUUUCAAUAUUUUGAAAAUUUAAAUGUAUAAAAAAUAUAAAAAUCUAAAAAUAAUUGUCUUAAAACAUCUAAUUAUAAAAAUGAUUUCAUUUUUAAAAUUAUUUCAUGAUUUAAUUAAAUUUAAAUUUAUGAUAAUUCUACUUUACAUUCUAGACAUGUAACAAAAUAAAUGCUAUUAUACAACAGCAUUUAAUUAUCAAAAUUAAUAGCUAUAAUAAUCGCUAAUAAUUCAGAUUUAAAUCUAAAUAAAUAUUUUCCAUACCAAAAAUUAUAUAGUACUAGUAACAUUUUCUCAGUAUUAUAUUUAUGAUCUCACAUGUAUUCUUUUACAAUUACAUUCUUUAGCAAAGUAUUAUUACAAUAAUAAUAUUUAUGUAAUAAUCAUCAUACAUGUUUACUUUUGUUUAUUUAAUUUUCAUAAAUAAAUAACUAUUAUAAAAAUAGCCUCGCACAAUAUUACAUUUAAGUUUUUAGCUUAUUGUACUAUGAAAAUAAAAACUGGUUUAUAUUUUUUGUAA